UGUUACAUCAGGGGACAAAAAAAAGCUAUUAGUUUCUGAAGAGAUCGAUAAUCCUAAGUGAUAAAGUUGCAAAAAAUAGUUUAAGUUAGAUUUUAAUACAAUCAGUGAUUUUACUUUAGAGGAUGAUCCGCUUCAGAUGCGCAUAACUUCCAGCAGGUGCGCGUUUUCUUAUGUUACUAUCUCGCUAGGGCUGUAUUUUUGCUUUGUUUCUGCAGGUCCAACCCCCCAAAACCCGCUUAAAAGAUGGUUUCGUUUCUAAAUAAAUACAAAUGAUCAACCCGGUUCAACCGAGGAAACGAGAAGGUUUGUUUAUUUCAGUAGCUGGGUUUGACAGGCGUCUGACAGCUGAUGUAAGGCAGGAACCGCGUUUGUUUUUGUUACAGUCUGUCUGACGCUCUUUGGAGAAUUGACUCCGAGUUUUUUGUUUCAAAACGCUGAGAAGUCUCAGCAGACUGCUGCCAGAAAAUUCAGAAGAAGUCGCUUACGAUGAACCUAACUCUUGAUGGGCUAUUUAACAAGAAUGAAACCUAUGACUAUGGGGACUAUGAAUAUCCAGGGGAGGAGGAAAUAAAGGGAGAUGAUACGGUGUGGAUCCCACUCCUGUACUCCAUCUUUGUGAUUGUUGGCCUACUGGGGAAUGGACUUCUCCUGGCAGUCCUGGGUCAGAAGAGCCGAUCCUGGACGGUAUCGGACAGCUUUAUUCUCCAGCUAGGUGUGGUGGACAUCCUGCUGUUGGUGACCCUGCCCUUCUACGCUGCACAUGCCAAUAAGGGCUGUGAAUGGUGCACACCGACUUUCUUCAAGAUCUGCGUAGCUGUUUUUAAGAUCAAUUUAUAUGUUGGGAUCUUUCUGCUGGUUUGCGCCUGUCUGGAUCUCUAUCUAUACUCCAUAUAUGCUGACAGGGCUUCCUGCCACAGAGCCAGCUUUGCUUUUUUUGGCUGGCUGGCGGCGUGGCUGGUCUCUAUUGUCCUGACCGUCCUGGACAGUCUUUACCUCAAGCCUGUCAUCGCUUCACUGCCAGGAAAAGCCCUCUCCGCUCUCUCUCCACCUGACUCUGGAAUGGACCUGCAGCUGAUUUCACGCGUUCUCCACCUCGGAGUUGGCGUCUUGCUCCCCGCACUCGUCCUGGUCGUGUGCUCCUCCAACAUCAUGAUACGAUGCAGAGCUAACAACCGGCAGAAGAAACAACCUGUCGUCCUCCUCCUGUCUCUGGUGACAGUUUUCCUAGUCUGUUGGAUUCCAUAUAACAUCACUCUCUUCAUUGAUGCCAUCUACUACAUGUCAAAAAACCAUUUACGCAGUUUUCCCCUCAGUUCUUUGACAACAGCUGUGAAAGUCACAUCAGCUGUAGGUUGUGUCAGUGCCUGCCUCAGGCCCUUUUUGUAUUUUCUCCUUUGCAGAAACUUCCGUACAGGAAUAUUCAGCCUUCUUAAAUGUAAUAGAGAGGAUUUUAGGGGCUCAAUGUGGGAGCUUGGCAUGGAUGGGAACGCCACACAUGACCUUUGUCAAUCAGAGGACGAGAUGAAACAGAUGACAAGCACAGAAAAACAAGUAGAGCCUGUUUAAGUAAGAUGGACAUGAAUACAUCAGUAUGACUCAGACAUCACCUGACAGACGCUCUUCAAAGGAAGGGGACUUUUUAAAGCUGAAUGAAUUAUUUGGGAUUGUUAAAGUCCACGUGUUAACUUUCAAGAAGGGAAAAGACCCAGAUUGGGUAACAGUCAAGAAUCCGAGCCUGGUCAUUGUUACAUAAAUGUUUGUUUCACAAUUUAAGCUUUCUAUUAUGAAUGCAAACAUAUUUACUUUUUUAUAUGAUAUUUUUUGUCGUUGUAUUUCAAAUUAUUGGAAUGUGUUUUAUUUAAUAUAUACCAAAUAUGCAGAAGUGUCAUUUUACAAUCUUAAAAUAAAAGUAACUAAAGUUUCAAUAAGAAAUAUUCAACCUAACUGUAAUGUUCAAAUGAAAAAAUGUAACUAUUAACACAUGCUUUUUUUUUUUUUUUUAGCUGUAUAUCUUCCUAUUCAUCUUUUAGCCUUUCUAACUUCCAGCAAACAUUUUGGCUACAGUCUAACAAGUUUCUUACACCUCUUAUCUUUGACCUUUACCAGUUCUUUAUUAAUGAAAGUCUCUAUAUUAGGGAAUUUGCCUUACUUGUUUUUAAUUACCCCAAUAACAUCAGUCAGAUGUACAUCUUGUGACUGUAAAUUACUUAACUACUCAUCAGGAUUUUUCUGGAUCAUGUUUUGGUUGACUUAUACUGUAAAUGGGCUUCUGGUCAAUGUCUUGCUGGAAAGUCCAAUGACCAUGAUGAAUUUCCGCGUAAAGAACCUUGUUACAAAGGCAAGGUGUGUCUAAAAAAACUUCAUGAUGCUUAGCACAUGAUAAAGAAUGUCAUUCCUGUUGCUGAAAAAGAGCCCCCCCAUCAUCAGUCACCCACCUCCAUGCUUGAUCAUUUACCUGAGCAUACAUAUAGUCUUUUUAGUCUCAGGGUGUCAUUAGUUGAUGGAACUCUCCUCAUUGCAAGUUCUUUUAUUUUGACUUUGCUUGUAGUUUUAGUCUUGGUAUUGUGCAAUGGCAUCUGUGCUCCACACUUCAGUUGUGGUAAGCUGCAUUGUGACCACAGCUGUUCUUUAGCAGCUGACAGAAGUGUGGCUUCCACAAAAUCACAAUAGGGAGUGUGAACACCAACAGCAAGGUGGGUGAAGUGUUUUGCACAAGGACAAAAAGAACACAGAUAGGCAGAGCUGGGACUCAAACCACUAACUCAACUGUUACAGAAUGAACCCAUACAUCGUGAGCCACAUCGAUAGAAGAGAAGGGAGCAGAAAUCUACUUUAUUGUCUAACAGUGGGGAGGUGUAUUUACAGCAGAAUGAAAGGCAAAUAAUGGCAUGUGGAUGCAUGCAAAGUUAGAAAAUAUUAAAAAUAAAAAAAUGGGUAAGAGAGACUGUACAGAUGAAGAA